UAAAUGAUUCAACGACGGAAUCCAGGUCUAUGAUUAAUCUCUUUGAUUGGGAUUAUACAAAGUAUAUUGCAUUUCUGUUAAGACAUCUAGGUCAAAUUGCAUGCAUGUAAUUUUCAGUGUUUUUGUGGGUGAAAAGUCUGCUGUCUUUAGGAGUAAGCUUGAUCAGAUACUUGCUAGACGCUAGUGAUGAACAAGAUGAUAUCAGGAACGAGGAUGUUGCUUCUGUUUUUAAUUCCUCCAGGUUACCAGAAGAUGAUUCCAAUUUCCAGGUAUGACUUUGUCAUAUUUGACUUUCUUCCUCUCUGUCUCUUUCGCACACAUACACACACACUUGUGCAAAAAUAUAUACACAUGCGAGUGCACUCGUAUAUCAAUGAUUUUUUACUGUGUUUAUACUAUAGCUAACCAAUGGCCUCCCAUAGCAAUCCUUACAAGCCCAAUUCUAAGUCCAAAAGAAAUAAAAAUUGUGACCUAAAAUCUGCAUAUGGUUCGUAACGCGCGUUGACGGUCAGGCAUUCAUCAUUCUUGCUCUCUCUCACUCCCGCCAAAACACCCAACGGAAAACCCAAUUUCUCUCAAUAGGAAAUGCCACCAAAACGAAAGCCCACCGCAGCUCCCGCUACCGACGACCCUCCACACCCGCAACCUGGUUCCCAAGUAGAGAUCAGCUCCAACCACCCUCGGUUCCAAGGUUCAUGGUUCACCGGCUCAAUCAUCAAGCGCGCUUCUUCAAGAAACCCUAACAAGUUCUUAGCCCAAUACACCCUCCUUUUCCAAGACGAGGCCGGUACUAAGCCCUUGAAGGAAACCAUCGACGCUGUGGAUAUACGCCCUCUGGCCCCUCGAGAAAGAGCAAGAAAGUUCAAGUUCGGUGAAGAGGUGGAUGCUUUUCACAAUAGCGGUUGGUGGGAAGGGGUGAUUACUAAGGAGUUGGAGAACGGAAAGUUUCAUGUUUACUUUAAGAGGUUAAAAGAGCAGUUGGAGUUUGGUGAGGAUCAGUUGAGGCUUAAUAGACAGUGGGUUAAUGGGUCUUGGACGCCACCGUUGGAAGAAGAUGGGCAAGUGGAGGAGAAAGUACAAACAGAGAAAGAAGUGAAGUCUAACAAAGUUGUUACUCUAGACAAGCUGAAGUGUGACAAUGCAGCAAGCAAAUUAAAGUCUGACAAAGCAGGGAAUGGAGAGAAAUUGGAGUCUGGCAAGAUAACAACAGAUAAAAAGUUCAAUGAGGGAGAACAUGUUGAGGUAACCAGUGGUGAAAAUGGUUUCCAAGGUGCUUGGUUUGCUGCCACUAUUGUUAAAGCUGUGGGGAAGGACAGGUACCUAAUUCAGUAUGAGUGCUUGAGAAAUGAGGCUGACACUGAUUUCUUAAAGGAAGAGUUUGAUACCCUGCACAUUAGGCCUUAUCCUCCAGAAGUUGUUGUGGCUGAUCGGUUCGAAAAGCUUGAUGAAGUUGAUGCUUUGUACAAUGAUGGCUGGUGGGCGGGUGUGAUUUCUAAGGUUGUUUCUGAUUCAAAGUAUGAAGUCUAUUUUAAGAAUACCAAGGAGAAAAUGAAGUUUGAUGACUCUGAGUUAAGGCUACAUCAGGACUGGAUUGAUGGAAAAUGGGUUGCAGCUUCCCGGGUACGACACUCUAACCCUUCAACAUCUUUGUAGAUAUGUUUUGUUGAAUGGUGUUGCUUGGGAGUUUAAAAACAUGGUCUGACUUUCUCUAGACUUGCUAAAGUGUUUGUAUGUUUGCUGUUUAAGUAUGGAUUUAGAUGCUUAGUUCCUGAACUUUUAUCAACUAUUUAAAAUUUUGAUUUGUUAAAAUCACAUCCCCAUAUUUUCUAAACAUAUGCAAUUAACAAAAAUCAGUGACAAGGUGACAGUGAGACCAUUGUGCCUGUCUAUUUUCUUAAGCAAACUAAAUUCUUGAAAGAAGAAAAGAAGAUGAACAUACCUGUUACUGUUACUUUGCAAAGUCCUUUUCCUUCCAACUUCUCUGUUCAUACAUACAUGCAUGCAUGCAUGCAUACAUGCAUACAUACAUACAUACAUACAUACAUACAUACAUGCAUGCAUGCAUGCAUGAGCAUUCAGGCAUGCCAGCUGGAAGCAAGUUUCAGCUGGUAUUUUCUCCUCACUUAUGCUAUAGCAUCCUCUCUAACAACCUGAAAAGAAAAAAAAAACACAAAUGAACCCUCCAAAACAAG